UAUGAAGAAGCACGUGGGCGGGUUUUGUUGUGGAGGAAAUGAUUUAAUUCAUAUUGCUUCUCUGAAAUGUUUAUUUGUCCAUCCCGAGCAUACACACAGGAUGGUCUGGAAACCAUCUCUGAGCUGACAUGCUGCAAGCCAGUGAUUGCCCCAGCUCACACACGCGACCACUUUGGGGGCAGGAAAGGAAAGGUGGAGUGAGCAGUGUGCAGAGCUGAGCAAAGCCAGAGGGUCAUGGAAGCAACUCCAGAUCCUCCCUUCUCAUGGGAGCAGUGCCAGAGGACUGCCAAGUGGCUUUGGAAGGAAAUGGAACACGUUUGAAGGUGUCCCUUGGACUUCACUGUCAGAAUUAUAACCAGUGCCACAUAGAGGCUGGUACAAAAAAGCACAGGAAGGGACUUCAGUGAUCAUAGAAUGGAAUUGCUCCUCUAACUGAAGAAACUGACACACAGAAGUGACUUGCUCAAGGUCACAGGCUAGUUGGUGCAGGGUCAUGACUUUCCCCCUCUCCUUACCGCUCUUGACCUGUGGACUUAUACACACCUGAGGCCUCUUCAUAGAUUUCCCAUAGCUGGGAACCCUGCUCAGGGAGCUGCACCACAGCUGGGGCGACAAAAUGGGUCUCUUUCAGGCAGUGUACAAAGAAUGCAGACAGCUCUGCCUGACCCAGCACCUCAGGUCUCAGUCCUGCCCUCUGCAUGUCCUGGCCAGUGUGUCCGGAGGGGAGGAGACCCUGGGCUUUCUGUGAGAAGAGAUAAUCAUGAAGCGUACUCUUGGCUCUGUAGUCACCAAAGAAAGCCCAUCUGAUGCUGAUGGACUCAUCUGCUGUGGGACACGCCAAACUAAUCCUUCCCAUUUACUGAGUGCUUCCUGCAUGCCAGGUGCUGCAUUUUACAUACAUAAGCCAAUCACAUUGUGAGUGAGGCUUCAUUAUCCCCACUUAACAGAUGAGAAAACUAAGGCUUCAGGAGUUGAGGUUAGUUUGACUCCAAACUCUCAGCAUGUAACCUCUGUACAGCUUCCGCAUGUGAAUGUGGCCAUCUGGACAUGCUGCAGAUGUUGUGGACGGUGUAAGUAAUUCUUUUGAUAAACAUAAAAUAAAUGGAGCUGUUUGGAGUGUCCCUCCAUAACUAUCUCUUCUUUACAAGUCUGUUCCUGUUUCCCCUUAACCCUCAAUACAAAUAUUCCACCCGGAGACUUGAAAUUAACUGUAUUUCCACUCUAGAGCUGACAUCACAGAUGCAGAGGCUUCAUCCUUUCACUAAUUGGUGUAUUGGGCUCUUCUGGUUUGCACAGCUGCUUCUAUGCUGCGUCAGAGAAUGGGAACUGAAGAAGGGGAGGACAUGGUGUGCCUGUCCUCAAGUAUCCAGUGGGGAUAUGUACGAAGCAGUACAUAAGUGAGUGCAGACCCUUGCACAGACUCUCCCCAGGCAAGAAAGGCAGCCAGUAAAAGGGCUCCUCAGGGAAGACCUCUUAAAGGUGGUCCCGAUCCACUUGAAGGCUGUGAGGAGCCAUAUGGAUAGAGGGUGGCUUCCUAAUGUAGGAUACCUGAGUGUGAUGAUCUCCCUCUGGAUCAGCACAACCUUUCUUUAUCCUCCGUGGAGCGCAUGCUGAGGGAGAGCCCUGAGCACAGCAUUGCACACGUGGCCUUAACAGAAACUGCCCCAGGGUCCCAGCACAGCAGUUCCCUCCCCAUCCCAUCCUCUCCAUCCACCACUGCUUUUGAUACAGUCUUUUUUAACCAAGGAACAUGGACCCAAAGGACAGCAGAUCACAGCAUAUUUGUGGCACAUUAUGUGUCAGUGCUGAGCAACGAGGUCACAGAUGAUGAUGAAAUGGACAACUUUCUGCCAGAGACUCACUGGACCACUUCCCGUGUGGUUUCUCCGAUGCGAUACGUCACGUUCAGCCCGCCAGGGCUGCCCAAGGAGAUGUUCGACCCCGUGCUGACUCCUUCGCUACCCAUCAUUUCUUUACAAGAUGAGGAAGUGACGUCGGCCUGGCAAAACCCAGUGCAGCGACCUACCACGUAUGCUGAAUCCCCGAGUCAUUUCAAUGCUUUUCGGUCCACUUUUCCCACUUCCGAGGGCAUAAUUCCAACUCUGAGUAGAAAUCUGGUGUUUUAUCCUACUGAUACUUAUGGGCACAUAUCAAGCAGGACUUUGCCAGAGAUCAUGGCUUCAGGAACGGAGAGUGCAGAAACCCUCCUUUUUAGCUCUCAAUCUUCAGAGUCCCGGCUGCUGGGUGCUGGUGGUACUCAGCAGUCGUCUCCCCUGGCAGGGGAGGUCUCACCACCUCCAGAGGAUGUUCUGGCCGUGAGUACAGACAGGCACCUUGAUAUGACCACUGCUUUGGGUCACAGUCUAGAUGAAACCGUGUCUCCAGGAACAGGCCACCCUGUAGCCCUGUCCCGGACGGCCUUUGCUGUCAGCGGCAGCCAUACACAUUCGGCUUUGUUUUCAACUUCUCUUGAGCUUGGAUCCUUUUCUGCUCAACCCACUGAUGUUUCAUAUAACCCCUUGCUUCCCGGCAACUCCAGUGAGACGUCAGAGUUGCCUGGCCAUGCAGUGGUCCCAAGUCAUGCAGGCGACACUCCCAUCUGGAGCCCGGUGUCCCCAUUCAGACCGUCCAUGUGGUGCGUGUCCUGCACUGCGGUGUCACCUCGGUAUGUGGUGUCCGCGAGCCUCACGGAGAAGGACUUGGGGUCAGGGGAUGGUGCUGAGACCCUGUCCUUGACCCUCUUGGAAGCGAGCAGCAUCUCUCCACUGAGCAGCGUUGUGGCGGACUUCUCUGAGUUUGAGGAUGACCCUCAAGAAUUUAAUACCCUUUUCCCCUCCAGACCGACAGUCCCCCUUUCUUCUCCGUCUGCGGACAUCUCAGCAGUGAGCAUCGGUGUGUCAGCUAGUGGGGACACGAGUGGUGUUCUGAGCACACACGUGUCUCCUCCCCACGGACCCCUCUCUGUACCUCUGUCACUUGAUGCUGCUGCUUUCGGCCCCUCCCCUGUUGCUGAAACUCAAGUCACGCCAUCCUUGGUCCCCACCAGUGCCCUCCCUGACUCGUCUUUCCCCGUCACAGCAAACAAAAACACACCAUUGCUGUCGCCCAGAGGCCCGGGUCUUCUUCCGUCUUACGGUUUGGACAGAUCAGUGGCGUCUUCACUUUUCCCCGACCAAGAACCUGCCAGCUUCCCCCCUCAUGAAAGUGCAAGUGUUUUGGGUUCCGCACCCAGCCUUUUCUCCACCCCGCCGCUGGACUUCAGCAGCGGGCUCCCUCCGGCCUCAGCGGGGCUUGCUUCUCCAUCUCCCAUGUCCAGCGACUCGUCCGCUGUCUCUCCUCUGGCAGCUUCUGCCUUGGUUGAGACACUUCCAUGGACUAACUCUGUCCAUUUGCAGCCCCCUCAGUUUUCUGUUCCCAACUCCACAAACCUUGCAUUUUCUCAGCUCUGGCCAAGCUCAGAGCUUCUUUUACAUACACUCCCUCCUCUUCCCCAUUCCCCUCAAAUGUCACUCCUCCCCAGCUUCCCCUCUGAUCCUCUCAAGUUCUCAGAAGCAGCCACGGUGUCACUGACAGACUCUGAAGCUCGUUUUACCUCAGCUUUCACUGAAACUACCUCCGAUUUUGAGUUUUCGCUCAUGUCCCGCGACCCUGCAGCUGCCACAGCGGUGCCGCCAGGUUCUGAGCCCAUUUCGACUGUUCACGUCAUGUCACUUCUGACUGCUGUUCAUGCUACACCCAUCCUAACCGAAUCCUCUCUCUUUCCAACCCCGACACCUUCUGAGGAUGAUAUCAGUGCUACGAACCAGCCCACAUCUGCCUUAUCCUCUUUCUCUGGAGUCAUUCCUGCCCCCACGGUGCCGGCCACCGCCGUGUCCCUGAUGUCAGCGUCCUCGUCUGUUCCCGAGGUGGUCCCCUCACCUCUACCUACAGAGCCAGGGCGUUUGCACGGCCCGUCGUUCGCACCCACAGGCUUCCCCGGGAACACCUCCACUGCACUGAGCACGCCAGACACCAGGGCUGCCUCGGAGAAUCCUGUUGUCACCGCCCCGAACAGCAACACUGCAAGUCAGAAUCCCCACGAGGGUGACACGGCGCCCCCACCUCCGUCCCUUCAUCCUGGGACCACCCCCACUCCCGAAGCAGCGAUUCACACUCCAGCUCUGGUCACCACCAAGCUGCCGUAUGUGUGUGAUAUUACGGUUCCUGAUGCCUAUCUGAUCACAACUGUGCUGGCCCGCAGAGCUGUGCAGGAGUACAUCAUCACAUCCAUCAAAGAGGUGCUGAGGAGUCACUUCCACCGAGUGGUGGAGCUCAAGGUUUAUGAACUAUUUGCUGACUUCACUUUUCUGGUAACAUCUGGUCCCUUCGUUUACACGGCCAUAUCAGUCAUAAAUGUACUUAUAAAUAGUAAACUUGUACGUGACCAAACUCCUUUAAUCUUGGCUGUGAAACCUUCCUUCUUUGUGCCAGAGUCCAGGUUCCAAGUUCAAACUGUACUUCAGUUUGUGCCUCAGAGUGUGGAUACUGGCUUCUGCAACUUCACCCAGCGCAUUGAGAAGGGCCUGAUGGUCGCCCUGUCGGAAGUGAGGAAACACCAGCAGGGGACGUAUAACCUCACGGUGCAGAUCUUGAAUAUCACCGUGGGAUCUUCAAGGAUGGCUCCUCGGCGGGGCCCGGUGAACAUCGUCUUUGCGGUUAAGGGCUCGCAGGGCUUUCUGAAUGGGUCUGAAGUGAGUGAGCUGCUCAGGAACCUGAGUGUGGUGGAAUUCAGUUUCUACCUGGGGUACCCGGUGCUGCAGAUCGCGGAGCCCUUCCAGUACCCGCAGCUCAACUUAUCUCAGCUGUUGAAGUCCUCUUGGGUAAGAACAGUCCUCUUGGGUGUUGUUGAGAAGCAGCUCCAGAAUGAAGUGUUCCAAGCCGAGAUGGAGCGCAAACUGGCCCAGCUGCUCAGCGAAGUUUCCACCAGAAGGCGGAUGUGGAGAAGGGCCACCAUCGCCGCUGGGAACAGCAUGGUGCAGGUGGUAAAUGUGUCGAGGCUCGAGGGAGAUGACGAUCCCGUGCAGCUCAUUUACUUCGUGGAGGACCAAGACGGAGAAAGGCUCAGUGCAGUCAAGUCUUCAGAUCUGAUUAACAAGAUAGAUGUCCAGAGAGCGGCCAUCAUCCUGGGUUACCGGAUUCAGGGCGCCAUCGCCCAGCCCGUGGACAGGGUGAAGAGGCCGUCCCCCGAGUCCCAGAGCAGCAACCUCUGGGUCAUCGUGGGCGUGGUCAUCCCUGUGCUGGUGGUGGUGGUGAUCGUCAUCAUCCUCUACUGGAAGCUCUGCCGCACAGACAAACUGGACUUUCAGCCCGACACCGUGGCCAACAUUCAGCAGCGUCAGAAGUUGCAGAUCCCUAGCGUGAAGGGUUUCGACUUUGCUAAGCAGCACCUGGGUCAGCACAAUAAAGAUGACAUACUGAUUAUCCACGAGCCAGCACCACUGCCGGGGCCUGUGAAGGACCACGCCACGCCCUCCGAGAACGGAGAUGUGCCGAGCCCCAAGGCGAAGAUCCCUUCCAAGAACAUCCGUCACAGAGGAAGGGUUUCUCCCUCAGAUGCUGACUCCACAGUAAGUGAAGAGUCCAGUGAGAGGGAAGCAGGGGACAAGCCUCCAGGAGCGGUGACCGAUGGCAAGUCCCACAGAGCCCCACAGAGUGGGGCACCACCCAGCUCAGGGAAUGAGCAGCACUCAUCAGCCUCCAUCUUUGAGCAUGUGGACAGGAUCUCCCGCUCCUCGGAGGCCAGUCGGCGGGUCCCCAGUAAGAUCCAGCUGAUCGCCAUGCAGCCCAUCCCAGCACCUCCAGUUCCACACCCCAUACUGGCCGACCGGGUGGCAGAAACCAACAAAAUUAACAAAGAGAUUCAGACGGCGCUGCGGCACAAGUCGGAGAUCGAGCAUCACCGGAACAAGAUCCGGCUCCGCGCCAAGCGCCGCGGGCACUACGAGUUCCCGGUGGUGGACGAGCUGUCCUCGGGCGACACGCGGGAGCGGCACCGCGUGUACCGCCGCGCGCAGAUGCAGAUCGACAAGAUCCUGGACCCCACGGCCAGCGUGCCCUCCGUGUUCAUAGAGCCCAGGAAGAGCUCCAGAAUAAAACGUUCUCCUAAGCCACGCCGGAAACACCAGGUCAACGGCUGCCCUGGAGAUGCUGAGAAGGACAGACUUAUCACCACCGACAGCGAGGGCACAUACAAAAGGCCCCCUGGGGUCCACAACUCUGCCUAUAUUGGUUGCCCGUCUGAUCCCGACCUCCCAGCAGAUGUGCAGACGCCGUCUUCUGCUGAGCUGGGGCGGUACCCAGGCCUGCCCUUCCCGGCCUCCCAGUAUAUCCCGCCCCAGCCGUCCAUCGAGGAGGCGCGCCAGACCAUGCACUCCCUCCUGGACGAUGCUUUUGCCCUCGUGGCCCCCAGCAGCCAGCCCCCCAACGCUGCAGCUGCAGGCCCCGGGGUCCCAGCUGGCCUGCCUGUGAACAGCACCCCAUCCCGAGAAGAGAGACGAGCCACCCAGUGGGGGUCUUUCUACAGCCCAGCUCAGACGGCCAACAACCCCUGCAGUAGAUAUGAAGACUAUGGAAUGACUCCCCCGUCAGGCCCAUUACCAAGACCAGGUUUUGGCCCCGGGUUGCUGCCGUCUGCGGAGCUGGUGCCUCCUGAGCCCCAACAAGCACAAGCAUCAUCUGAAGCCGCCUCGUUUGCUUCACGAGGGAUCUACUCUGAGGAGAUGCCAUCGGUGGCCCGGCCUCGGCCUGUUGGGGGCACCACAGGCUCCCAGAUCCAGCACCUGACGCAGGUGGGAAUCGCAAGCAGAAUUGGAGCUCAGCCAGUGGAAAUCCCACCGGGCAGAGGUGGCCAGUAUGGGGGACCAGGUUGGCCUUCGUACGGGGAGGACGAAGCCAGCCGGAGGGAGGCCACACACGUGCGUGGACAUCAGGAGUAUUCUUCUUCACCGCUGUUCCAGGUGCCGAGGACUGCAAGCAGGGAGCCCUCAGCUCCGCCUGGGAACCUCCCGCACAGGGGGCUGUCGGGCGCCGGGCUGGCUUACCCCGCCAGCUCCACGGAAGACCUCCAGCCCGGCCACUCCUCCGCCUCCCUCAUCAAAGCGAUCCGUGAGGAGCUCCUCCGGCUCUCCCAGAAGCAGACCGCCGUGCAGAACUUCCACAGCUGAUCGGCCUCGCCUUGCAGAUUUGCCAAGUAUCCGCUUCCUGUGGAAGCAAGACUAAAAGGAAAUCAACUGAGCAGGUGUUUGUAAGAGGACGAGCAUCUCCUGGGCUCGGUGCCCAAGUAAAGGAGCAAGCUGCAAUUAUAGAAGAUGCCAUAAGUCACAUGACAGCUCAUGACGCUUUUGCAAAGUUGGCAAUUUUGUGACCACUUGGGUUCAGUUGAAAUUUAUGUACUUUUGGCCACAAGCCAGCAGCACUUCACAAAAGACAAACCACAAUCCUAAGCUAAUGAAAUUACUAAGUUAGUCUCUUUUUUUAAAGGCAAAAGAUGAAAAUGUGUAGAUGGCAUAGGGAUGAAAGGCAUCUAGUAUCUCCUUGGGAAGAUGUGAUUCAGGCUGGUUUGUACGAUGGACCUGCUGCUUUGUUUUCUGAGAAAAGAGAUUUGAAGACAUUUUAUUAACAGCUUGAUUUAAACCUCUUUUCCUCCAUAGGAACUUAUUUUAAUAGUAAUAUUACCGACAAGAACACUAAGACUGUUUGGGGAUUUAAAAAGCUACUAGUGAGAAACCAAAUGAUAGAUCGUAGAGCCUGAUGAUUCCAGACGAAGCAUCACCUGCAUUUUCCUUCUACUUCUGGUGCUACCGCUCCAAGAGCCCCUUGACCCUGUCUGUGAAAUGCAGCUUUGGCUUUCUCAACGGAAGAAUUCAUUUCGAAGGUUUCAUUUUGUUCUAGAAAGAAGGAAAAAAAAAAAAAACCCUCCCCAAAUGGGGGGGGAAAGCUUAAUAUUUAUUUGGUUAUUCAAAAUACAUAUCAAAGCUUAGAUUUACAUUCUUAGUUGUCUUUGCUGUUCAUUAAUCGGGCACAGGCAACUAUAGAUAGCAUCUGAUUUUAGUACAUAUCUUCAUCAAGGCCAGUCCUGUAGAAUGAGGCUUUCAGGGGGUCCUAACAAAUCCUUGCACUUUGCCGAGGAGUUGCUCCCAAAUUGGGUUUGAGUGAGAAAUUUUAUGUAAGUGAAAAUUAUUUAUAAAAACUCCUAGGGCCACCAAAUGAUUAUUCACCAAUAGAGGUAAUCACAUUCCCUGAGUUUUAAGAUCUGGACACAAAAUGGAGUUCAGUUCAGCCUCUUUGUAAUGAAUCAGGAGCUGGAAGAGCUUUGAGACCACGGGGGAAAGGAGAGAGUUGCUCCUAAUUUCUGAUGUCAUUCUGCAUGGCUCUGCUGAGUGACUGUUAAAACCAUCUUAUGUACCCUGGGCCUGACAGAGGGACCCUCUCACUUGAGAUGGACUCCUGAAGUCAACAUUUGUCCCCUUCCCAAAGCCGCGUGAGAAGAGUAAUGAGGGCCGUUCUGUUCUCUGGUACCUGAGUGAGGUUAAGAAGAAAAGCAGAAGUAGAUAACAGAGUUCUGUGCAUCCUUUUUGAUUUGAUCAAUUCAUGCUUUUAAUUAAACAACAGAUACACGGGCAGAGCUUGGGCUCUGACUAAUCAAAAUCUGUGUAUCUGUGUCAAAUUUAAAAAACUGUGAAACAGCUGAAAUGGGUUCCCAAAGUGUAAUCAUUGGGUUCCAGAAUCAUGUUUCUGCCCUUCCUUCAUGAAGUCUGUUGUACGGGCCCACAGUCUCACAACCCAGGGAAAAUUGGUUGUGGGAAAUUAAAACGUGGCCAUUUUUCAUCUUUACACCUCGGAAAAAGGAGGGAUGCAGAAAGGCAAGUCUCUUGAGGAUGCUAAAUAAAGCAACGGAACCACCAAAGGCACCUCUCACAGGCUCCAAAGAGUGUGGGAGAAAGACCCCCGUCUGGGCUGGAUUUCUUACCUCUGUCUUGCUUUUCUACCAGAUUUCUCCCGAGUGGAAGGUUCCCUUUGCAUGUCAUUCAAAAAUACCAGGUUUCCUGAAUGUGUAAUUAAAGUUUCAGAGAUCCAAGCGGAAUUUUAUCACGGAUGCCCUGUGGUGAGUUCAGAUGGUGUGACAGCUGCUGGAGUCAGUGCAGACCCGUCUCCUCCUGUUCUGCUCAGCGUCCUGAGGGUUCGCAGGCAGCGUACGAAACGGCUCCUUCCUUUGUACGUUGAAGAAACAAGCCUCUGUUUUCAACGGGGCUGCAGUAGUGAAUUUGAUGCCUUGCAAACUGGCAUAUGGGGAUCCUACCUGUAUUUUUAUUCUCAGAACCGAUAUGCUUUUAAACCGAUGUCAAGACCGAAGACUGUGUAAUAAAGAACCUGUGGUGUGCGGUGGGUGUGGGCGGGCCGGUGAGACCCCCAGCCCUCUUGUGUUGGUCGUCAGGCACUCUCAGUUUGCCCUCAGUCUUAUGGUCACCAGACUCAGAACCAACACGCUGUCAUGGGAGCCCCACCUUCAGAGGGGUCUUCAGACCCUCAGUGAAUGUGAUCUCCUUAAACAAAAGGUCUUCGUGGCAAUCACACGUGGCUUUGGAAUUCUGUUUAUUGAAGCACUCCAAAAUGAAAAGUUAAAUUCAGUGUCUGUUCUUUUUUCCCCAUUUUUAAAGUUCUAGUGAUAAUAACAUGCAAUAAAUUUAAGUCAGAAUUUUAGAGAAGAUUGUUUGGAGAAACGAUCAUUUUCAGAAUCUACCUUGUCACUGACUUGCUGUGUUAGGUCCCUUCUCUGAGCCUCAUUCUCCCAUCAGCCAGAAGAGAACGGGCCUCCUCUGCCCACCCCCCAGGAUUUCUCUUGGUGAGAAUCAAAUGUGAUCAUGUGUGCAAACGUCCCUUGAGGAGGGAGCACAAAGCACUGUGGAAAUGCAGGGUGAUACCUGGGUGAUUGCGCUGGGCUGGACCAGCUGAUGUGCUGUGAUCUCCCAGUGUGGGGGUUCAUGUGGCGGUAACCAGAGCAAAACCAGAGGCCCUGUGACUCCUCUUCCUCUCUCCUGUGUUGCUUUAAAUUCACUUCCUUCGCCAUUAACUUUCAAACAGCAUUUAUUACGCAUCUUUCUGCUCCUGAUGUUCUGCUGUUUCUGGCACCAAGUAAGUCAACACAAGACCUGCCUUCUGAGAUCUUGGAAUCAGACAACAGAGACGGGCAUAAGAGAUGGAAGAGACAGAAGGAUAACGCAGUUUAAACACCAGUAAAAUUCACGGAAAGCACACAGGUGCAUUAGUUACUCAGAAGAAAAAGUGAAGGUUGCACAUUUGGAAACAGUGGGGUCUUGGGGAGAAGUUGACGCCAGAAGCUACUUUAAGGAAGACAGGAGCUUCCCAGCACCUGGUGAGAUGGCACGGGGAGAGCCGGGAGUGGGCCUGAGGAAGGAUGUAGAAAGUGGGUGAAGUUGCCAUUGAAAAUGACCUUGAUCCUGAGUUGCUCCAGUAGCGGACAGAGUCCCUCCCAGCACUGUCGAGGGAGUUCUGUAAGAGGAGCAGGUGAUGUUAUGAGGAUUCAUUUGCAGCGAUACAGAGAGAAAAUGGCCAGGCCUGGGAAAAGGUCUGCAGAGGAAGAGAUCCACUCAGGAAGGGACUGGAGCGGGGAGUCCCAGGCACGGCUCUUGGCCCGGGUGUCGAGUGUGAGAAGAGUGAGCUUUGCACCGACGUCUGCUGCUGAGAGCAGGUCUCAGUGGUCAGCCAUUCGGCCACAUUACGUCCCUUGUGGAGCAUAGUGGGUUAUAAAUAAAUGUAUUUGACUUCUUUACGGCGACCUACACAUUUUCCUCCAAAUUAUAUUUCAUUUCAGAGUGCGUUUUUACUUUGGUGAUAUGUGGCUUUUGAGCAGCAGACUAAGCUGGUUUCUGCCGACCAGGUUUUUCAGGGCAGGAGGCGUGUGAUGCAGGGCACAGGUGAAGGUACGCCUGGGGGCUUUGGGCUGAAACAGGUAAUUCUGUGCUUUAUGCGCCUCCCGUUGAACUGUGUACAGGGUCAGUGUCCACACUGCGUUUGUGCAACUUUGUAGCGCUCCGGUGAGCAAAGCAGUCACCCGGACACGGAUUUGCAUUUGCAGUAAUUCAGGAGUUAAUCAUUAAAUACACUUCUCUAUCCCUUUCAUACGAGAUUCCUAGACAUGAAUGAAUUUGUUGGUUGGAAGGAAAGCUGGUUAGGAUUCUGGGCGGAGAGGAGAGGGGGCUCCAGUCUUAAGUACUGCACCCACUGCCAUUUCAUUUCUGCCUCCAGAGCCAGUCCCCAAAGCCAGUCUCCAGAGCCCGCUUCCCCACCUUGGUCCCCGGCAGGACGUGAGGGAGUCCACUUCUCCAAAAGCAUGUCGAUUGUUGGAACACAAAACACGUUUUUAUGGAAUGGGAGCUUGAACUUUGUUUUUACAUUUAAUUCAACAGCUUAACAGAUUGCCUUGUAACAGCUGAGAGGGGUUUCUCUGAGCAGUUGCUGUAACACACUCAGAACUGCAUUGGGCUUACGCUUGUUCCCAAAUGAACGAGGAGUCUGUGCAUUUCAGGUUUCUUUUGAUAUUACUGGAGGUGAUUUUCAGUGUUUAAACGAGGACUCCUUUUGCUAAUAUUGAAAAGACUUGAAAACCGAAACCUUACGAUACAGUCCUGAUUCCAUGCUGUGUGUGUAACAGUACACUUGACAGUUCAACACGCAGCAGCGUUGACAUUUAGGGGAAAAAUACCAAACGCCUUGGAAACGUGAAACAAAGUUGGGAAGCUGCAAGCAAGUGAAAGAAGGAAGGAGUGUCUCCCUCUGAGGCACCCUCAUUCAAAUGAGUUUCCCGCAGGUAGAUAAUUAUGCAGGAUCUUUGCUUUUCCUUCUUCCUUCAGAUUUUUCUGCUCUGGGACUGCUUCACAUUUAAAGAAAGGUUGGAUAAGUAGAAGGGACAGAGAGAAAAAUGGAAGUGAUUUGGGUCUCGCAGUCCCUGAUUCCACGGAAUCUUUCCGAACAACUUGGAGCGUCAUGAAUAGCCCCUACUCAUGCCCACCAGAUUUCAAGCAUUCAUAACUUGACUCCCUAAGUGUGCAAGGCAGGAAUAGUACCGGGCUGGGUUCUAGCCAGGCACCUGUUCCUCUGCAGAUGUGGGGACAGGAGGAGGAGGCACUAGAGGAACAGAGGCUCCACCAGUGUGCUCAGUUGCCCUGAACAGCAGAGGGCUAAUUUCAGAAGAGGCGAGUAGAAACUCUCAACUCUGCCCUCCUCCAGGGCAUGGUCUAGGGAGCACAGAGGUCGGGCGAGCCUUAUCCUUCGGGAAAGGCUGCUUAGCAGAGCUGCUCUGGGAUGCCCACUUGUCUCCUCCUACUUCGUCAAGGUCCAUGUUCUUCUGACUUCCUGCACUCUCAUUCCCCAAUUAGGAGUGUUAAUGUACGAAAAUAUGCCGAGUAAAUUGAGGCCACUCGUGGCAUCAAUACUGCAACUUGAACUUGACAAUCAUGGUUUGCUGGUCUCAAGACGGGCACUUAAAUUUCAGUAUGAGUACAUGAUUUAGUGAUGGAACCCUCCCUUCUCUUUGUCGGUUAUGUUUCUACCCUUCAGUUAGCUGCACUGUUUUCUAAUGUGCUGUAGAGUUUUUGAAAUAAUUUAUGCAAGUGUUUGGUUUCCAUGUUUACAAUUUAUACAGCUUUCUAGCAUUUUAAAUGGAAGUGUCAAUAAAUGCUAAGAAUUGGUGUCAA